GGUGACAGACAACUUAUAUAGACAGAGGAAAGAAAGGGCAGCGCUCUUUUGUAUUCCAGACUGCCUUGAGAGGAAAGAAAACGGAAGUCCGCAAAAGAGGGUCAUUACAAGAACAACAGCAACAAGAAGAUGUUGAGGUUUUCGCUGCUCCUGCUCUUCGCUAUCUAUGCAGUGUCUAUCAGCGGAAAGGGGCAAAAAUGUCUGAAAGGAGGUCAUCAUAAGCCCAUACCUACUGGAGAGGAUGACUUGCAGGAAUGUACCAUAUACGCCAAAUCCUCCUGUUGCUAUACAGACACUACAGAAGAAUUAGCUCACACACCAGUAAUUAAAGUAAACACCACCUACUGGAACAGAUGUGGAAAUCUCAGUAACUUGUGCGAGAGUUAUAUGAAGAAGAUAGAGUGCUUUUACAGGUGUUCACCACAUACUGCUCGCUGGGCACAUCACCAAUAUCCAGGUGCUAUUGACUCUGUUCCCAUGUGCCAAAGCUUCUGUGAUGACUGGUAUGAAGCUUGUAAAAAUGAUCUCACUUGUGUCAACAAUUGGUUGACAGACUGGGAAAUUGAUGAAAAAGGAGAAAACCGAUGCAAGAAUGAGUGCAUCCCCUACAGUGAGAUGUAUGCCAAUGGGACUGACUUGUGCGAGACUAUGUGGGGUGAUUCACUGAAGGUGAGCGACUCCUCCUGCCUCUGCCUUCAGAUGAAUGAAAUGGAUAAUGAAGUAAUCAAGCUCAUGGAGGAGAGAUUGUCCAGUAACAGCAGCAGCACCAGAAGAAGUGAUGAGGAACGAGAUUGUCACCUCAAGAGGGACAAAAUAAAGCAAGGCGACAAAGUCGGAAAAGAAGGUACGAAGACACACUAAGUGUGUGGAGACACACCGAGUGCCAUGGUUUAGUGGGGAGAACCUUAGAUAUUAAGAAAAAGUUGUUUAUUUGUUAUGAUAGCACCUGAUAAUCCUACCUUUCCACUAUCAAAAUAAUGCUUAAGUUGGUUAACAAAAAUACAAUAAAGCUAUCAUAAAUAAUUAAAAACACAGAAAAGAGAUAGCGUGACAAAUAAUUAAAACAUCAGAUUCAGCUAAUAAAAAGCAUGCCUGAACAAAA